AUGUCCAUAGAAGCUACACUCAUUUGUGUUGAUAACAGUGAGUAUUCUAGAAAUGGAGAUUUCGUUCCAAAUAGAAUUACGUGUCAAAGGGAGGCGAUAAGUUUGAUCGCAAGUGCCAAGUUAGCCACACAAUAUGAGAAUUCUGUUGGCAUAAUCGCCUUAGCUGGUGAACGAGCAUCGCUUUUACAUGCUCUUAGCAACGAUUUGAACAACUUUUUAGUUUCAUUGGAUUCUAUAAAGCCAGGAGGAAACUCUGACUUUUAUCGGGGAAUUCAAAUGGCACAAUUCGCUCUCAAACACCGCCAGAACAAGAAUUUGAAGCAGAGGAUCAUUUGUUUUGUUGCUUCUCCAAUUACCACACCCACUAAACACUUAGUUAACCUGGGCAAAAUGCUCAAAAAGAAUAACGUAUCUAUUGACAUUAUCAACAUAUGCUCAUCUGGAGAAAACGAUCAGAGGGUGGAAGCUCUAUUUAAUGCGGUAAACAGUCAGGGGCAGAGUCACUUGCUUGUUUGCAAACCUGGGCAGGCAAACGACCUAAACGAUGCUUUAAUCAAUUCGCAAAUACUAAACACCGGGGAAUUUGGACUGGGCACUAGCAGUCUUAAUGAUUUUGGCAUUGACCCCGAAGCUGAUUUGAAUUUGCAGAUGGCAUUGAGAAUUUCCAGAGAAGAAGAGGAAGAGAGACAGAAGAAUGAGGCGCUGAAACAAAUAAUGGCCAAUGAAGUACCUGAAAAAUCAGAUACAAAUGAAGACAAUCCCAAAAGAGAGGAUUGA